AUGGUUUCUAGUCGUCACCGAGUUUCACGGCCAGGUCCUCAUUCUCACAAGGUCUCUACGCGGCGCCAUAGGACGCAGCAGCUCAGGCCACAAGGGAUUUAUCACCAUAUCAACAUUCAGCGAGCACCCGACGAGGAGGAGGUCGUGGACCCUAAUACCGAGACUGUGGAAGACUUUGUCCUCAAGGACUCCAUACAAACAGAGAUCGAAGAUCAAUUGCUAUACGCGAUAAAGCCACCUUCCGCUACAGAAGCCCCGACUCGACCUCACUCAUUUGCUGAAGCAGUCAUGUCGACGCGCCGUGGUCGAUCUAAUCGCGUCGACGAUGGUUCUGAUGCUACUCUUGCCGGACCCGUAAGCCUCGAGUCUCUUGGGCCUUUCAAGUAUACAUUCAAGAAGAAAAAGGUUUCCAAGUGGGCGCCGUUCGAUCUGGGGGCCACUGACAGUGCGAGCGAGGAGGGAAGCGUUGCGGAGGCGGGACCGGUCUCGAGGGCAGCUUCGCCAAGCUCACAGAUUCCUGGAGCCGCAUCUACGUUUACAUCGACAUCUUCCUUCAUAACACGACUACCUCCCCAUCCAGCUCCAACUUCACCAAUUCCAUCUCUCGAACAGAGCAAUUCGGCCACUUCAUUCACUACUCCGGACAAAGUCACGCGUUACAUUGGUGCACCGCAUACCCCAACCGACCCAGAUCCGACUCCAACGCAAGCACGCUUCGAUUUGGCUGCACUGAGUCUUCGUGACCUGGGUGGUGAUGCUGUAAAUCGAGCGUCUCCAGAUUACACUGACUCCGGCGUCUCCGAUACUGAAUCUACAAGGCUCCGGACUGAAGAAGCCAUGGCGAGUUUGACUCAGUCCUUCGGUUCCAACAAGGCUACAAAAGCUGGCGGCGACGAUUUCGACGCUCUCGAGUGGGAUAACGACCCGGCCGCUCCAGACCAGUCGCCAGAGCCAGUCGCAGCCAACCCACAGCCUCUUGCUUACACCACCGUUGGAUCCAUUGUCAACCCAAAUACCGUUCCUCAAUUCACUGCUCCGAACCGGGUCCAGCGUGAGGGUUCUGGCCGGAGAUCUUUGUUGCCAAUGAUGCAGGGUCGUCACCACGAUUCCUUCUUCCAGCAUCGCGCUCCACCGCCACCAUUGAAUAUGCAGAACUCGAUGCAAUACACCCAGCAGCUCGCCCAUACCCCCAGUCGUUUUAACCUCAAUCAAACCCCAACACCAAACCCGUCUCGCUCUUCUCGGCCUAUACGUUCACUUCGUCAAACCUCCUCGUUAACCGAACAAGAGAAGAGCGUCCUGACGAAGGUGCAAGGCCCAAUGGCUCCGCACAUGUUCUCGGGAAAUCGCGCAGGCCCCCAAGUUAGAUCAGCUCCCUCCGAUAAGCUCUUCUCGACGGCUACGGAUGCGACAUAUCUGGUGGAUGAGGUGGAAUUAGGACGCUCCAACAAUCUACAAGGUCAAGCUUCUGUUCAAGGCCUUGAGAAGAUGCAGACAUUACAGAGACUCGCCAAAUUUGAUAACCCUAUGCGAAAUAUUGCUCAGAGCCGCCUUUCUGAAUUCUCGGUUUCUAAAUCGACUGGUCAGACCACAACUCGCAAUAACGCAGUAUUGACGAUCGAAGCAUUGCUUCGUGACAAAACCGCGACUCCUACGACCACUUUGGCUAAGGCGGGUACGAAUGCCAGCGGGCACGGAGAACUUGAUCGUAACUAUCAAUUUCCCCCUCCAGGAUUUACCGGCCCAUCAAAAGCUCAAAUCAAUCCGCUGUUUGGUGCGUACAGUCGAUCGACUGCAGAACCCUUGAGAGGUCCCGCCAACCGUCCGGGCUACCCGGCUCCUCUCACUGCUGGACCCCCAGGUCAACGACAAUAUCAGGGAGCGGCGAACAAGUCAAAUACGGUCCACACUGAUAACCCAUGGGCGUCUGACACGCGAACUUCAGCCUUCAAUUCAUAUGCCGAUAAUAAUGCUCUAACUACUUCGUCAUGGGUCGACUCGCACAAUAUGAUGCCCGCGCAACCAUUUAUAGCCCAGUCUAUUGUUCCUCCUCACAAUGGUGGAGGUUGCAACUCGAACCUUGUGGAUACACUUCCUGUACCUGUCGCUUCUAAGUACUAUCCACGAGGCAUUCCAACCGACAUGACCGGAGCGACUACCCCUCUUCCAUACCUCACACAGAGGAAGAUGGGCCAGAUACCUAAUGACCCGGAACCACAAACGAUGCAAGAGAAGAAAGCCAAGAAAAUGGAAGAACUUGAUAACUGGUUCUAUGAUGGACAAAGACGCUUUGCCACCAUGUCAGCAGAUGAUCAUAUCAAAGAUCUCGAAGAACGUAAACGAGCAUGUGCCAACAAGUUUGGACCUAUUGGACCACCGGCCAAGAAGAAUCUUCCAACUACUAAAAAAGAGCCUUUUACCGCUGAAGAUAUGAGUAGAAUGACCGUCGCUGAUGCUGCGGCCCCUCUCCUUGAUGCCGCUUUCGGGACACUACUAAGUUAUGGAACUAAGAUCAAGGCCUCGGAUACAGCAAAGGUCCUCAGCAAGUUUGAACCUAGCCCGGCUUGGCAGAUUGAUGAUACCGACAAAGGCAACACUUCAUUCUUUGGAGAAGAUUGGGGACCGCCACCGAAGAGAGCCGGCAGGGAUCCUAGAUAUCAGUCAACCUUCCACAACCCGCAAUCAACCAACUGGGAGAAAUAG